AUGGUGAGCGUAUCGCCCCGGCUCAUUGACGAUUUGGAUUUGGACACCGAUGAUGACUCCAUCGUUACUGUCACUGAUCCGAGGUUCUCAUACGGUUUCAGCUCAAUCACCCUGGAGGCCGGCUAUUCCGACAUCGAGAUCACAGAUGACGCCCGCGCUUUCGCUGGUACGCCAGACUCGAGUGCCCGGCGGCGGAAACGACGACAGCGAGACACUCGUGAAGCUGUCGAGCAAGCAGAGCUAUAUCACUAUCCAACUGUAGCAGAUGGCGAUGCCUUUCGACUCGCAGUCAUACAGCCAGGGACUGGGACCAGCGUUGUAGAGGUCGGUCUCAUUUGGGAGACCUCGAAGCACCCCAAAAGGAACUACUGCGGCUUGUCCUACUGCUGGGGCUCAGUCGAACGUACUGCUGCUAUAUUAGUGGAUGGUUUCAAGUUCCCAGUGACCUCGAACUUAUUAAAUGCUCUCCAGGCGCUCAGAAAGCCUCGGACUACAUUCAUUAUAUGGAUCGAUCAAAUUUGUAUCAACCAGGACGACCAUCUCGAGCGAUCUCACCAGGUGAGCAUCAUGAAGCACAUAUUCAACAGAGCGAUGAAGAUCUACGUUUGGCUCGGAGAGUCGGACAAUCGUAGUGACAAGCUCUUUGAGUAUGCUAAGAAGUUGCGUCGGGGCGACGAUAGUCCGAAAAGCGUCCUGAAUCGCUUGAUGGGUCAGAGAGAGUUGCGGCAUGCAAUCCAGGAUCUGCUCGAACGACCGUGGUUCAGACGUGUUUGGGUCAUUCCAGAGGUCGCGCUAUCACACUAUACAACCGUUGCAUGUGGCAAAGCGCAUGUUACAUGGGACAGCUUGGUCAGAUUGUUCAGAGAUGUGACCCUCCCUGCCACCUCUGGCUUUGAUAAACAUACAUCUUUGCUUGGCAACCCUCGUCAACGGAUUGCAAUCAUCACGCAAAUGGCAUCUAGCCAGAAAGAGGGCAAGGCACAUACUGAUAUAACGCAGCUCUUGAUAUUGGGUAAAAGCAGUCAAGCUACGGACGUGCGAGACAUGGUGUAUGCAUUUUACGGCCUCACACAUAAUACUACAUUUCCCAACUACGACAACAGUCGAUCUAUUGCUUCGUUAUACAUUGAGAUAUGCCACAUCUACAUCAACAGCAUUCUUUGGGAUACUGCUUACGCUUCCUGGCAUGAGCUUGAUGAUCAAAGGAAGAUAUUCCAGCUCUUUUCAAUUAUCUACUCGGCCGGGCUACUGCAGCAUAGUCGAGAUCAUGACCUGCCAUCAUGGAUUCCUGAUUGGACGUUUGCAUGGCACUUGGCCCCUAUCUGGAUCAAGACUUCGCCGAAUUUUGUCAUUGCUAAGCCAAAAGAUGACUGGUCUACUGGCAUUCGGAGCGACUUUAGAGCUGGCGGAGAUGAAAUCGAAACAUUCGCUAUUCGAGAAGGAAGCCGUCACCAGCUGAAGCUUUCAGCAAUCGUGUUCGACAGCAUUGUUCUUGUGAACGAGAUGGCACCAGCUUCAACAUCCGGUGCGAUCGAGGAAGCUCUGUCGACAUCGCCAUCAGAAAGCUGGGACAUUGAUGACCCAGCAAACUUCGGUUACGGACGACAUUUCUUUACAACUGCCAAAGGGCACAUCGGCCUUGCGACGCCUGGAAUCAGGGCAGCGGACAGUGUUGCGAUCCUUCUUGGGGGAGAUGUUCCCGUUGUUGUCCGACGACACUUUGAUUAUAACGGCAAGAGCAAAGCUUUKCAACUGCUGUGCGAAUGCUACAUUCAAGAUCCGCCGAUUAUGACUGGCAAAUUUCUGCAUAAGAACCGGACUCUCGCAGAGGAUAUUGUGCUUCUCUGA